CAGAGGACGCCAAGCAGAGCGAACCAAGAUGAAGGCCCUUUUGUUGCUCCUGUUGAUGGUCGCCAUGACAACAUCCCUGGCGAAGACCCAUGGUGGCAAAACGAACAAUCGUGAAAAGCGGGGACUCCUGCAACGCUCCAAAAGAAGGUGGGUGUUGUCCACCAUUGUAGUAACAGAAGAAGACCCUGGUCCAUUCCCCAAAGAAGCCACACAGAUGUUCAAUGACAAGUCAGAUGCUGAAAUGGAAAAACACAAGUUCCGCAUAAAAGGCAUGGGCGUGACUGAGGAGCCACUCGGAGUGUUUUCCAUCAAUGACAGGAACGGGUCGGUCUAUGUCCACAAGCCCAUCGACAGGGAGAAAUACAAACUCUUCCAUAUCGAGUUUGACAUCUUGGACAGAACCACAGGCGAAUUCAUAGACAAGACACUGGCUUUUGAUGUGAACGUGAAGGACAUCAAUGACAACGCACCUUUCUUUAAACCUAAUGUCAUUGACUCCACCGUGUUUGAAAAUAUUCAAGAAGGUUAUUUGCCAUCGCAGCUGCAAGCCUGGGACAUGGAUGAAUAUGGCUCCAAUAACUCGGCUGUGGUCCUGAGUGUGCUGAAACAGGAGCCCAGCGAGCCCAAGAUUGAUGUGGAGCAGGUUAUUGGCGACAGAAAAGGACAGCUUACCUUCAAAGGAUGCUUUGACUAUGAUAAAGCAAAGAAGUACAAUAUCAUUGUUCAAGCAAAAGAUCUUGGAAGUCCAAGCCUCUCCUCUACAGCUGUUGUCAACCUCUAUAUCCAUGACUCAAACACUCAUUUGCCAACGUUUAAAGACAAACAGUACCACGGUCAGGUGAACGAAAUGGAGAUCAAUAAGGAAGUUCUGCGAGUGGCAGUGGAAGACAAAGACACGCCAAACACCCCUGGCUGGCGUGCCAAAUACUUUUUCAUAAAAGGGAAUGAGGAGGACCACUACAAACUUGAGACUGACCCCAUUACUAAUGAGGGUAUUUUGACUGUAAUCAAGGGGAAGGAUUUUGAGAGGACAAUGUUAACCAGUCUGCAGAUUGGAGUCGAGAAUGAGGAACCCUUGUUUGUGUGUAAAGAUAAUUCACCCAAUGCUCCAGUCCCACCUCCCAAUUCAGUCAACAUCACAAUCAAAGUGAUUGAUGUCAAUGACCCGCCUCAGUUUGACCAGGUUGUAGCUGAUGUGUAUCAAAGGGAAGAGGAGGAGCCAGGGAGGGUGUUGUACACGCCAAAGGCGACUGACGUCGAAAAAAACAAAAUCAGGUAUGAGCUGAUAGAAGAUCCAGCUGAUUGGGUAACCAUUGAUCCGGAAACGGGAAAAAUCACUUCAGCUAAGAAGAUGGAUCGAGAGUCACCCCAUGUCAAUGAGAACAACAUUUACAGAGUUCUCAUUAUUGCCAUCGAUGACGGAGAGCCUCCAGCCACAGGUACAAACACCAUCCACAUCCAUCUGGGGGAUAUCAACGACAACCUUCCUAAGGCCACACGUGACCAUCUCUUGUGUGGAAACAAAGACAACAAGAUCAUGGUGCAAGCAAUGGAUGAUGAUGCCCCUCCUUACAGUGGGCCCUUCACCUUCUCCCUUGGAGGUGAUGACGAAACUUUGAAACAGCAAUGGAAACUCGACCCUGCCAGUGGUAACGCAGGUGGGCUUGUAAGCCUGAAGAGCCUUCCUUAUGGAAACUAUUCAGUGCCCCUGGUGAUUCUGGACCAACAGGGCAUGAAGGCGGAUGCCGUUGUGGAUGUGGUGGUGUGUGACUGUGGAGAUGGAGACAUGUGCCGCGGGAGUCUGCCAGUCACAUCCAGUUUUGGGGCACCUGGCAUUGGACUGUUGUUGGCAGGAUUGCUCUUAAUGCUGUUGCUGCUGCUCGUCUUCAUGUGUCAGUGUAAAGAUAAGACCUUCCAGCGCAUCCCUCUCACUAACGAUGAGGGCAACCAGACCCUCAUCAAGUACAAUGAGGAAGGAGGAGGCGCCGAAUGCAAGGCGGAGCCCACUCUCCUCCUGACUCCUUCAACUAGUGUGAAUGUGACAGAUGGAUUCAAGCAGGCCACCAUGCAGCGUGACUACAUGGCUCCAGUGAUGACCCAGGACACUGACUUUUACAAGAGCUCGCGGACGCAUGGCACCAUGAUGAACUCCAUGGGUGUCUCCAUGGGUGGGCAGCAAAGAGUGGGAAAAGCCAGUGAUACUCUGAGAAACCAAGAAGGGCGGGGCUCGUACUCCGUGUGGACCACGAGCAGGAUGAACAGCCAUCAGAGUGGUUCAUCAAGGUACUCCCGCAACCUCAACCAGAUGUCGAGUCAACACAUCGCAGAUCACAUAGGCAGGAGGCUGUAUGUGAUUGAUGGAAACCACGUGGACCACCCGACAUGCCGUCCCCAUGAGUAUGCCUUCGAGGGACACGGCAGCAGGUGCCAGUCACUGGACCAACUGUCACUGGGCCACUUGGAUAAUGAUCUGAAUUUUCUGAAUGAUCUGGGGCCAAAGUUCAAGACUUUGGGUGGCAUCUGUCACCAGAGAAUGCAGGAGAAGAACAUUCAGCUCUAAACAACCUCGCUGACAUGGGAUUUCCACAUCAAUCCGCUCUAUCAUGGCUCCACGUUCAAAGGGAAUAAGGAUCGAUCACUCUGCUGGGAAAAGGAUGUUGUGCAAUUGUGCUUGGAUUUUGUAUUUUAAAUUCUGGACAUGAGCUGAGCAUGUCACAUGUUUGGAGACAUAUAUUAGCUUUAAUCCAUCAAACAUGGGUAUUUCAAGCCUUUAUAAUUGUUUUCAAAGCCUUUAUAAUUGCAUAGUUUUGUGAAGACAAGCGGAAUUAAUGCAGCGCACAGGCUGUGUCAUGCUCUGAUGUUGUCAUAUAGCAUAUUUUGACCGGGAAUGGGUGUGUUUCCUUGGUUGCUACUUGCCACUUCAAGGUUACCAGUUGACAGCUCACUGCUUUCAACGGUACAUUACUCACAGCUCUACGAGUUUUGUCAGAUCUGUUUGUUCUCCAGUAAUUCUGUAAUCCUUAUAAUCUUGGAUAAGGGACAAUUGAGAAGAUCAGCUGUCCAGCUUUGAAUAAUGGUAUUUUUCCUCUUGAUCUCAAGAAUGUAAGAUCUGUAAACCUCAGUGGCCUGCUGUUUAUUUGGUGGCAUGGAAUUAACACCUUUACACUGUAGUUCAGUCAUUUUUAUAUUUCUGUCACUGCUUUGUAUAUUUUACACAAAGCAACUACUUGCAUUUCUAGCUUUCAUUUAUUCCUUUAAGAAAAAACAAACAAACAAACUGACAGCUUAAAUGAUAGACACUAGUGAUGGCUAAUCCAGCUUACUCUGUAAUUAGGAUUUGAAAUGGCUUGCAAGCAAUUUUUGAGGGUCAUAGUGUUAUAGCUGACUUGCACUUUUCAUUUGCAAAAGUAAUCACAGAUACACAUUAUGGUACACACUAUGGUAUUGUGUUAAAACCACAUCUGCUAUAAUAUGACAUCUCAUCACAGUUUGUUUUUUAAAUAGGGUGAUUUUUUUAAAAUUGUUUUUUACAGUUGGUUUUGAAUAAAAUUUUGUUCAGGAAGUUGUCUGCUGGCUCUGAGACUGUAUCUGAGACUGUAUCAGGUCAACUUGA